GGGCUGCUGGGAGUGCGGCGUGCUUCCCACCUCCACCUGCAAAGUCCGAGCACCCUGCGCCCGGCGUCUUCACGCCCUCGCGUUCGCUGACGAGGAAGGUCCCCAUACCGCGAAGUACAUUGGCUUUGGGGUGGGGCCGGAGGGAUGGGCGCCUGUGAGAAUGUGACGGACUGUGACACAAGGAAGGGCGAGAGGAUGGAAGCUUCCUCUGAGGGGCUCUAGUGGGACGGAAGCAACAGUAGGGAGGAAGUGGGGAGGGGCGGUGAGAAGUGAGGAAAAAUGGAGGCGAAAUGGCCUGAGGGGCUAGGAUGGCGUUGAGAAGAAGGAGAAGACUAGAAGGAGACAGCUGCAUGGGGCAGAGGGGACAGUGCUUAGUAACAGCCAGGUCACUAAGCCUAAGAUGGCAGAGCCAGGGCAGUGGUCAGUGUUUGGCACACAACGAAGACCAGCCCGUCCACCAGGCCUGUAUCUGCUGAGGCCUUGAGCUAUGACAGGAAAACGAACUUAUUUUUGCAGAAACAGUUACUUCAUUAUAAGUUUUCGUUUGACAUAGGGGCACAGUGUUACUUUGGGAGAGAAGAGAAGGGGGUGAAAGGGAAAGGGAGAAUUAGAACGGGAAGGGAGGAGAGAAAAAUCUGCCUGUUGGCUUCUCUGAAGUAUUUUCCAACUCCCAAGGCAAAGUUAGCACUGCUGUGCAUGUGUAGUAUUUUCUAGAUACUAUUAAUACUAUUACAGCACGUAAACUUACAUACUAUAAAGGUACUGGCAGGAAUGGAGACGUACGAUACAGAAUUUAAUUAAUAAGCAUCUUUCAAAUUUGUUGUUGCUGUGUCUUCUAUAUAUGCAUAUUUUAUAGGACUAAUUAAACAGAUGCGUUAGAGUUACCCAAGUCAGCAUCGUUUCUCAAAAACAACAAAGUCAUUUGAUAACUUGAAUAUGGACAGGGCUCCCCUCAUCUCAAAGACACAGCGACUAUACCCUUCCAGGUUUCAACAUUUGGACUCCUAGGGAAAAUGCCUUCCGAAUUUAUGGAAUAGUACGAGUAAAAUUUGAAGCUACUUUAAACUUUGUAGCUGGUGCCUUCGGAAUAUGAUGGCAAAUCACCUUGUAAAGCCUGAUAAUAGAAAUUGCAAGAGGCCAAGAGAAUUGGAGUCUCCAGUGCCAGAUAGUCCACAGCUGUCCUCUCUUGGAAAAUCAGAUUCAUCUUUCUCUGAAAUUUCCGGACUAUUUUAUAAAGAUGAAGCCUUGGAGAAAGAUUUAAAUGAUGUGAGCAAGGAAAUUAAUCUAAUGUUGUCUACCUAUGCAAAGCUUUUAAGGCAAAGAGCAGCAGUAGAUGCGUCUUACAUUGAUGAGAUAGAUGAACUCUUCAAAGAAGCCAAUACUGUUGAAAAUUUUCUAAUACAAAAAAGAGAGUUCCUGCGACAGAGGUUUACAGUGAUUGCAAACACAUUACACAGAUAAAAUAUAUACUUGAAAUAAGCUGAGAAUUUAAACCUAUUAUUGUUACAAUGAAAGAAUGACAUUUAUGCUUUGAAAGCUCUCAAGUUGUUAAAGAAAAUGUAUAUCUUGAUUAGAGAAGGGGAAAUUCCUUGAAUUUCUAGGUUUAAAAAGGAACUUUUAAAUUCCUUAAUGUUAAUAUUAAUGUUCACGUUAAUGUCCUAAGCUGGCCAUUAACAUGAACUACGUCACUUUUCUUUUGAGGGUCAAAUAUUUAGUGCAUUUUAUA